GUUCGCAUGGCGCAACACUGACAUAAAUAUUUCGACAAUUAAGUGGAUAUUACACAAUAAUUGCAGCAGAAAAAGAGACUAAACUCGCAAAUUUAUCAUGCCGAAGAAUAAGGGAAAGGGAGGAAAAAAUAGGAGGAGGGGUAAAAAUGAAAAUGACAAAGAAAAGAGAGAGUUGAUCUUCAAAGAAGAAGGACAAGAGUAUGCCCAAGUUACUAAAAUGUUAGGAAAUGGGAGAUUAGAAGCACUAUGUUUUGAUGGAAUCAGAAGAUUAGCGCAUAUUAGAGGAAAACUAAGGAAGAAGGUUUGGAUAAAUGCUGGAGAUAUUAUAUUAUUAGGAUUGAGGGACUAUCAAGAUGCAAAGGCAGAUGUUAUCUUAAAAUACACUGUGGAAGAGGCAAGGAAUCUAAAAACAUACGGAGAAUUACCAGAAACUACUAAAAUCAAUGAGAACACUGGUGCUCCCGAAGAUGAAGAUGAUAACAUCACUUUCGAUGAUUAUGAUGAUGAUGAAGGAGAGGGUAUUGAUGAUAUAUAG